AUGACUCCUGCUUUUUCCCUUCCAGUGCUGACCAUCUUUGCCAUGUUCAGCUGGAGGUAUUCCCAUGCCUUCCUACUGGAGACUGUCAACAGAGCAGCGGACUUUAUGGCAAAGCUGAGGCUGAUCUACCCCCAUGCAGACACCCUCUGUGAGAAGGACUUUGAGUGGCUCUUUGACUGCCCUGAGACAAAGCAGUUCCUCGAGUGGUUCUGCAGCAUGGUGGGUGAGGAGAAUGUGCUGAGCCCAGCUGAAGUGAAGGCCUAUGAAGCCCUGCUGGCUGCAGGCAAACCCAUCUUGGAAGGUGAUGCCUUGGAGGAGGCUCUGCAGAUGUGCUGCCAGGCCCCACAGCUCCCGAGCUCGAUAGUGGAUGAGGGGCCCUCUCAAGAGGCCCUGCAGCAGGAGUUUCAGGAGCUGAAGCACUAUCGUGACUGCCAGCUCUGGAGGUACAGGAAGCUGAUGGCUUGGACGAACAAGCUGCAGCAGGAGCAGAAGUACUUGGAGGAGCAGGAGAAAUUGGUGAAGCAGGAGUUGAGGGUGGCUCAUAUGGACUUGAAAGCAAAGAUCUUCAAAACCAGAGCUGUCUUGAGCCAGGUCAGCAAGGCUGCAAAGCAGGUGUCAGAGUGUCCUGGGAACAUGGGGAUGGGCCAGCUGCCAACACUGCUGUGCCAGAUAGAUCUUGCUCCUUACCUGGAGCAAGAACAAAAGGCCACUGAUGCAUUUGAGAGCUUCAUCCAGCAGGUCCUACCAGAGAGUGUUCAGGCUCCAGAUGUUUGGGAAGCAAGUGCACAGGGAGAGAGCAGCCUGAGGGAAGCGCUGGAGGCUGAGACACAAAUGGACUCUUAUUGUGAAACACCAGAAGAAAGAAAAGGAGCUCCUUAUCAAGAAUGCACAAAAACACUGUGGAGGGUGGCACCAGCAAGCUGGGGAAAAUUGGUCCAAGGCUCAAAGGCAGAGCUCCUAGUGGAGGGAGGGAAUGAGAGAGACACGGAGAGUGUGGAGAGAGAUCGCAGCCAGGAAGUCACAGAGAGAAGGGACACCAAGAAAACAUCAAUGCCAAAAAGUCUUGGGACUGAUGAAGUUGAGCUGCUGGAGGACCAAGACAGCUUCUGGAAGGAGCUGGGCCGAAUUGAGACAGCACAUAUCUGUGCCCGGAGGGAGGUUAUAGUCACAACAGCAAAAGUGGAAGGUGCCCAAGCUGCGCUGGAGUGGGCCCAGAGGACUCUGAAAGCUCUUGAGGAUAACCAGCAGGCCGUCGAGGCUGAGCUCCAGAGCCAGGCUGCCGUGCUCCAGAGGCAGCUCCACACCCUGCGUUUCGACAUCGCGCACACUCUGACGCACCAGCUGCCGCCCCUGCUGAAGGCAGAGGCCCGCCGCUUUCGCCUGCCCAUCCUGCACAAGCACUUCAGCCUGGAAGUUGCCCGCCUCCAGAACACUGCCAGGAGGCAGGAGGAGGCAGUGGCAUGGCUGCUGAGCCAGCACAGCCGCCUGGACCUGCUGGAGCUCCAGCUGAAACGGGAGAGGAAGGAGCUGGAACAGAAGGCUGCUUGGCUGGAGAAGAUCGACACCAUCACAAGGGAAUCCCAGACCAGGCUGCAGAAGCGGCAGAUCUACUUCAGAGAUGCCAGGCCCUCCCCGAAGGAUCAUCCACGCAAAUGGAUAGACCCCAAAGACCUCACUGCUGUACGGCUCUGGGACAUGCUGAUGGGGAAAGAUCAGAAGAAGCAGCAGCCCUUCCGCAGCUAUGCAGCCUUGGCAGCCAAGUGCUCCCAGCUGGUUCAGGACAAGAGGGCACUGGAAGCCCAGCUGGAAGCUCCUAUGCCCCAGGUGUCUGCCCUGGAGUCCUCCAUGGAAGUGCUCUAUCACCAGCUGUACAACAGCUCCAACCAGCUGCAGGUCUCCUCACCGGAGAUCUCUGAGCUGAUGCAGCAAUUGGUCAUCAUGGAGGAUGACCUCUACCAAAAGCUGACAGACCUCCUGAGUGACUUGGAGGUCAAGCGCAGGUCUCUGGAGAACCCCAUCCUGCAGGCAGAGCGCAACCUUUAUGUGCAUUUUUACUGCAAUGAGGACCGGCUGAGAGAGGUGGUGGAGGAGCUGGAGAAGCAGGCAUCAGCUUCCUCCAAGGGACCCCCGAAGGAGCUGCCCUAUGGAAAGGAGUAG